AAAAAUCACACAGUAGCCCAUUUUUGACACAAGAUGUCUCACCGGCAUCCAUCCCGCUCAACUUCACGGUCCAAAUUACGUCGAAAAUCCUACAAAUUCUCCAUAGGCCUUGCGCUUGGCCUGUUCAAAACUGCAACACUCUACCUACUGUUGCAUCACCAAUUUGGCAUCAGCCGAAGAACCACGUGCAUAGUAACGGCCAUUUUGGGCACCCUCUUCACCAUCCAAUCCUGCUGUAGCUCCAGCUUCCAGUGCGUAACGUUGCUGAUGAUCCCGCAGAUAUUGAGCAAGCGAGGUCGCGCCACAACCGUGGCCUACGUCUUCAUGUUGACCAUGAACGGUCCGGCCCGGAAUACGAUCGCCAACGUGGACGUGAUGGGAAGGGCACUUAGCUGCAGCCAGGAUCGGCUCAAGUCGGCUCUGCAUGAUGUCCUACAGGCCGUGAAGGUUCCGUUUUUGGCCAUGAAGAAAGCGAUCGGAGUGAUUCUGAACGAGGUGGAGAAGGCGUUUAUGAAGGUUCAACGGAUACUUUUGGAUGUUUUAAGGCUCGUCAAACGAAUUUUGAAAACCAUCAAAGACGGUUACAAAUGGUUGAGCAACAUUGCCGCCGUUUGCAACAAGAAAAAUGGGACGCCCUUCGAUCAGUGCAUCCGAUCGUUGGAAUCUGCAGUGGAAGACUGUCGCCAGAGGCUGGGAGUCGUGGAUUUCAUGUGUGAAGUAACCCACGUGGCCAAGGUAGUGUGCUACAGCGUCAAGGUGGUGGACUACAUGUGCGAGUUGAUCGACUUCGCAAGCGAUCAGAUCGUGGAAACGAUCGAGAAGAAACUGCAAGAGUUCAUCCACAACAUUCAGGUUAUGUUUCGGGUCAAGGUGGACUUUGAUCAUGCGUUCGAGUUUCAAACGAAUGUUUCGAAAAAUUUCGCGGAAGUGGUCAGUGAUAUUACGCAGGAGAUCAAUCAGCGAAUUCGACAUCUGUUCACCCUGUUCAACAUUUUUACAAUUGUUUCGAGCUUCUGUUUCGUUUGUGUUGUCAUUAGAUCAGUAAGGUACAAAAUGAAGUACCUAACCAAGGACAGUUUCGACAACUUCUACAUCAACCGGGACUUCAUUGCCAUUGAUGAACACCGCCGGACGUUGAACCGAGACACCAUCCUGCCUCUGACCCGCAAAGAACGUAACCGCUACAUCCACCUCACUUCGAUGACCCUCAUCCGCAAGGAAAAACUACGGAUCGCCCGCAGCGCCGUGUUCCUGUUCGUUUCUUCGAUCCACAUCCUAGGACUAAUGGCUGCCGAUUACUGCCUCUACUGGCUCCUGGCGAUGAUUCGUCACGUACUGCUAAGACAAUCGGACAUUGAACGACCUCCAAUGGUCACAUUGGAAGUCAGCGGAUCCGGCAUCGUUGCCGAUAUGUACCGGGGUAUUGUGGGGGCCUUUGAACCAAUGGUGAAACAUGUGGAUAUCUUGGAUCCGGCACAAUGUGCGCCAGAUCCGAAAACUCCUGACUUUAUUCGGUAUCUGCAGAUCUGCCUGCUUCUGCUGUUCUGUUGGAUUUGUAUAGUGCUGGAACCGUAUGGACUUCGAGUUCGACAGCUGAUCAUGAGAUCAUACUACCCUGAUCGGGCUAAGGAAAGAGCCACAUGGUUGUACAACGACGUUCUACUGAAGAGGGAAUCCUUUGUCAAGAUCCUACGGCGCCAGGUGGGAAUGAGCAAAGAUGGUUCCAAACCAAGAAAGUGGAUGGACAUUUUGAGAGCCAAAACGAAUCGGUUCUGGAUCUGUCGCAAGAUUUUGGGAACUAGCGGCGGUGGAAGAAGGUGCGUGUUCUGUAGUGAAAGACUUGCUGAAAACGAGGCUGUUAGCUGUUUACGACCUGGCUGCGUUGGAGUAUACUGCUACGAAUGCUUUGUGGAAAUUCAAAAUGUUUGUACAAUUUGUUCCGAACCGAUUGAUUCAAGUAACCAGAGCGAUGUGUCAAUCGAAAGGGACUCCUCUGAGGAAGAGUAAGGUAUUCAAAUGAAUUGGACGAAAUAUUCGGUAAUUUAAAAUAAAAAACGGGAAAAUUCUAGAAUAUUAGUUGGCUGUUCUAUGUGUGAAUAUUGCGGAACAGUCCGUUCCCAGCCAUCUUAGCAAACAACAGUAGAAUCACUUGGCAUGAUACGGGAUCUAGGAUGCAGGC